AUGUGGUGGUUUAUUGCAGUAGUCUGUCUAAUACAAGCCAUUACAAGCUCAGAAGAACUCAUCAAGAAAAGAAACAUGAAUCCCGAAACGUUUAUGAAUAUUAGUCAGUUGAUCUGCUAUGAAGGAUAUCCCAGUGAGGAGUAUGAAGUUCUGACAGAGGAUGGCUAUUACUUGAAAAUAAACAGAAUUCCUUAUGGCAGAGAAAAACCUACAGACGAAGGCCCAAAGCCAGCUGUGCUUCUCCAGCAUGGAUUGUUUGGUCAAGGUAGCAACUGGAUCGAAAAUUUGGCCAACAACAGUCUGGGCUUCAUGCUAGCAGAUGCUGGCUAUGAUGUUUGGAUAGGAAAUAGCCGAGGAACAACAUGGUCUCAAAGACACCAGAAAUUUUCAGUUGGCCAAGAGGAAUUUUGGGAUUUCAGUUUUCAUGAAAUGGGCAUAUAUGACCUUCAAGCUAUGAUAAACUUUAUUCUGCAGGAAACUGGACAGAAGCAACUGUAUUAUGUUGGCUACUCUCAGGGCGGCAGUAUGGGAUUCAUAGCAUUUUCUUCCAUGCCACAGUUGGCACAGAAAGUCAAAAUGUUUUUUGCCUUGGCUCCUGCUGUCACCGUUGGACACAGCAAAAGCCCUGUAGUGAAAAUGUUGUUAAUGCCUGAAGAAGCAUUACAGGAUCUUCUUGGCAAAAGAGAGUUCCGCUGGUGGAGUAAGACUAUGAGGGAGUUUGCUGCCAAAAUAUGCUGCUAUGACUUACCUAAUAGACUUUGUGCCAAUGCAUUUUUCUUUGCGGGUGGAUUCAAUGAGAAAAACAUAAAUAUGAGUCGAAUGGAUGUGUACACAGGCCACUUCCCAAUGAAAACAUCUAUUAAAAACAUACUGCACUGGGCCCGGAGAAUUCAAUAUUUUGACUAUGGCAGUGAGAACCCGGCUAAGUACAACCAGUCUGUCCCUCCCUUCUAUAAGAUAGAAGAUAUGAUUGUUCCCACUGCAGUAUGGUCUGGUGGAGAGGACUGGAUGGUAGACCCAAAGGAUAUUGACAUGUUACUCCCUCACAUACUAACCUCAUUACCACAAGAAUAUUCUGACUGGAACCACUGGGAUUUCACCUGGGGUCUUGAUGCAGCCAAGCAUGUGUACAGUGAAAUUAUUGCACUGAUAGGAAAGUAUCCAUAA